AUGGUUAGGUUAGGAUUAGGUUGUCGAAUCCAUAAGUUAGAAAACAAAUUAUCAUUAUUAUCCGACGACGAAAAACAAAUUGAAAAGUUAUAUAAUGAAGAAAAAUAUUUAUCAUUAUAUCGAGAUUUUGAUCAGGAAGCAUUAUAUCAAGGUGAAGAAAAUGAUCGAGAUACGAAUGAUAGUAAUAUAAAAAAUUCUACGUUGUCUCUAUUAAAUAGUGAUCAAGAUUUAGAAGAGAAAACUAAAGAAUUUUUGUCUCCAACCAGCUUCACCUAUGGAACUCAUUAG